CAUUCACCAUUCACCAUUCACCAUUCACCAUUCACUAGCUACACGGCUGGCUGCACCACGCCUCAACCUCUCAGACUCUCAGACUCUCACGAAGUCACAGAGUACUGAAAUAGUCUUCAUCCAUUGUCGGAAAAAAAAAAAGAAAAAGAGGAAACGAAAAGCAGCAAAAAUGAGCAACAUGACGGUGCUACCACCUACUUUACGAUGCGCAAUUCUCCCAAAUUCUCGCUUCAAUUCAACCUCUUCCUUCCCCAAAUUCAUCUUCUCUUCUCUCUCCACCACUCCAAUUUCCACUUCUUUUCUCUCUCCUCGUCACUCUCUCUCCUUCUCUUCCAUGGCUUCCCCUUCCAAACCUUCUUCUCAGGUUGUAGCAGCUGUAAAUGCAGUCGAUGACGUUGAAAUCUUUCAAAAAAUUCAAUCUCACCAGGAAAAGGCAGUUCGGCUUCCACCAGUUGAAGAAAUUCGGACUGUUGUUGCUAAUAGUACUCGUGGCAUGCUUUCUACUUUCUCUAAGAAAUAUGAUGGUUAUCCUUCAGGAUCAAUGGUAGAUUUUGCUUGCGAUGUGGAUGGAACUCCGAUCUUGGCUGUCAGCAGCCUGGCUGUUCAUACACAGGACCUACUGGCCAAUUCACAAUGCUCAUUACUUGUGGCAAAAGAUCCAGAUGACAGGACUGAUUUAGUAAUAACUCUGCAUGGAGAUGCUGUUGCUGUUACGGAAGAGGAAAGAGAAGCUGUUCGUACUGCUUAUUUGGCUAAACAUCCUACCGCUUUUUGGGUUGAUUUUGGUGACUUCCAAUUUUUGAAGAUCAAACUAAAAGUAGUUCGAUAUGUAUCUGGCGUGGCAACUGCCUUAUUGGGAUCAGGAGAGUUCAGCAGAGAAGAAUACACUGCAGCAAUAGUAGAUCCGAUAUCCCAGUUCUCUAAGCCAGUAGCGUCCCAUAUGAACAAGGAUCAUGCAGAGGACACAAAGCUAAUUGUGCAGCACUCGACUAGUGUUAUGGUGGAAUCUGCUUAUAUAGUGGACAUGGACCAUCUAGGUUUUAACGUCAAGGCAAGCUAUAUGGGGAAAACUUACAAGCUUCGAAUUCCUUUUCCCAGACCAGCAGCUGAUAGAAAGGAUGUGAAGACACUCAUUGUUGAAAUGCUUCAAGCGGCAAGGUCGAUGGGAAAGUGAAACUUGUGCCUCUACAGUAAAAAGUAUGUGGUGAUACAAUAUGCGAAUGGGAUCUGACCCGGAUUUUGCUCUCACAAGGUGUCAAUUUCAUGCUGGUUUUAGUAACUCAAACGGCGUCGUGUUAUGUAGGUGUACACGGCAGAGUAGUCAUAGAAGGGAGAUGAAGAACAUGCCGCAGAUUUAUUUGCACAGCAGAGGGAGAUAAAUGACUGUAACUUUACGAUUCUCGCAUCAAAUUCUUGUAAAUUAUGUGUGGUCUUUGUGCAAAAUUUAGAAUUGAAACUAUAUUAAUAUAUACUCAACUUCUCGAUGAAGCCAUACCAUGAAAGGGAAAUAAUAUCUAUCUUCUUUCUUUUGUUUA